AUGUCUGAUAAUAUCAAAGAAUUCAUUGAAAUGCCGAGACAGUUUGUUAAAGAAGGUUCACAGUUUAUAAAUCGGUGUACAAAACCUGACCGAAAAGAAUUCAUUAAAAUCUCACAAGCUGUUGCUAUGGGAUUUUUUGUCAUGGGAUUCAUUGGCUUCUUUGUGAAAUUGAUCCAUAUUCCAAUUAAUAAUAUUCUUGUCGGUGGUGCAUAA